AUGGAAGUUGAAGCACAUAACUUUAAUCCACCAACGUAUGAUUUGGUCGUGCAUGUUCUGUUUCGUCCAUUAUUAGGCAUCACUCUAGAUCCAAAAGUGGCAGAGGAGAGUGAAGCAAAGCUGGUGAAGGUGUUGGAUGUUUAUGAGGAGAGGCUGUCAAAGAGCAAGUAUCUGGGUGGGGAUUUCUUCAGUCUUAUUGAUAUAAGUCAUCUUCCAUUCACAGAUUAUAUUGUGAAUAAGAUGAAUAAAGGGUAUUUGAUUAAAGAGAGGAAGCAUGUGAGUGCUUGGUGGGAUGAGAUAAGGAGUAGACUGUCGUGGAAGAAGGUUAUCGAACUCUACCAACCUCCGAUCUAG